AUUAGGGUUUGAGGUAUUUAUUUAUCUGCACAAAGGCACUGUUUGGGUGUUCACUCAUUCAGGUCAGAGCUCAUCUCACAAGAUUUCUUUGAGAUCCCCAUUUUCUCCGAAGCAAGCAAAUGGCUAAGGGUCCUGGUCUCUACUCUGACAUCGGCAAGAAAGCCAAGGAUCUUCUGUUCAAGGACUACCACAGUGACCAGAAGUUCACCAUCACCACCUACUCACCCACUGGAGUUGCUAUAACAUCAACAGGAACCAGGAAAGGUGAACUGUUUGUGGCUGAUGUUAACACCAAGUUGAAGAAGAACAACAUCACUACUGAUAUCAAAGUAGAUACAGAUUCUAAUCUCUUCACAACUAUUACCGUCAAUGAGCCUGCUCCUGGUUUGAAGGCUAUUUUUAGCUUCAAAGUUCCUGAUCAAAGGUCUGGAAAGGUGGAAGUUCAGUACUUGCAUGACUAUGCUGGAAUUAACACCAGCAUUGGGUUGACAGCAAAUCCAAUUGUCAACUUCUCUGGUGUUAUAGGAACUAAUGUUCUUGCUCUUGGUGCUGAUGUUUCUUUUGAUACCAAAAUUGGGGAGCUAACAAAAUCCAAUGCUGGAUUGAGCUUCACCAAAGAUGACUUAAUUGCCUCACUGACUCUGAAUGACAAAGGUGAUGCUCUGAAUGCUUCUUAUUACCAUGUAGUCAACCCCUUGACUAGCACUGCUGUUGGUGCUGAGGUGACUCACAGAUUCUCGACUAAUGAGAACACCCUCACCCUUGGAAGUCGGCAUGCAUUGGAUCCAUUGACCACAUUGAAGGCUCGUGUCAACAACUUUGGCAAGGCAAAUGCUCUCAUCCAGCAUGAGUGGCGUCCCAAAUCAUUCUUUACCAUUUCUGGGGAGGUUGACACCAGGGCCAUUGAAAAGAGUGCUAAGGUUGGAUUGGCUUUGGCUCUCAAACCCUAAGAUUUUGAUCCAUCCUGGCAACAGCAUUGAGGUAGACAUUAGGACUUAUUAAGCCUGUCAGACUGAAUUAUUUUCUUAAAGUUGGUUCUCUUCUUGGGCAAGAAGUUGGUAUUUUAUUUGCAUUUGAGCAAUUCAACCGUGUAAAAAUAAAUAGGUUUUCUAUAAACCAAAUGUUACUCUUAAAUGACUACAAGCUCAGCAAGCCUUUUUUGUUGAACUGAGGAUUGGUACUCUUUAUUGAGGUUUUGGCUUGCGAAAUUUUAUACCUUCUGAUU